GCUCACGAGAGGUUGGGCGGGAGCGCGCUGCGUUGACGGACGCGAGUGACUGGAGAGGCAACAUGUCCACCACAGCCGCCGCGCAGCUCAACAACAAUGAAGAACCGGGCCUCAAUGGGUCCUGGGUGGAACUCGAGAUGAAUGGAAACACUCAGCCACAGAACCCCUGUUUGCUGGAGAACGGGAAUCAAGGCGAGUCCCAGGCUUCACAGGUCCUGGAAGCCGUACAGGAAGAAGAGGAGGUUCUGACAGGAGGACUGGAGCAUGUACCUUCCUCCUCCUCCAUCCACAAUGGAGACAUGGAGAAAAUCCUGCUGGAUGCCCAGCACGAGUCCAGCCCCAGCAGCUCAUCCUGCAACAGCCCACCACGACCUCACAGUCCUGAUCAGGAUGAGGGACAGAUCAUGUUUGAUGUGGAGAUGCAGAGCGAGAAAGAAUGUCAGUCAGAUGAUGACAGUGUGGAGAAGGACAGAGAUGAUGAUAUUCUCAUGAAUAAAGGGGAGGGUUGGGUGGCAGACUGGUCCAGUCGACCAGAAAAUAUUCCUCCAAAGGAGUUUCAUUUCCGUCACCCGAAGCGCUCUGGAUCCGUGUCUCUGAGCAUGAGGAAGACUGGUGCUAUGAAGAAAGGAGGCGUGUUCUCUGCUGAGUUCCUCAAAGUGUUCAUGCCAUCAUUGCUGCUCACCCACAUCCUGGCACUGGGAUUGGGGGUCUACAUUGGGAAGAGGUUGACCACACCUUCCACAAGCUCGUUUUAAACCCAAACACAACCCAGUGCCUGGAUGCCUCUUCUGAAGCAGUGGUGGCAAAACAGUGGCCAAACAUGUGUGAUAAUUUCUCUCUUUCUCACUCUUCCUCUCUUCUCUCCCCUCCCUCAUACUGCCUGCUGUCAUUUAUUUGAUUCCACAGUCCUGGUUUUAUUCACACACACUCUGCUGGGGAAUUUCUGCUUGUUGGCCUUUGACUGUGUUGCCAUUCCUUGCCCUCUGAUGCUUGCUUUCUUGUUUUAGAUGUUUUUAUUUCUCCUUUUAUUUCAUAUUCAUAUUCCUUGCCUUUUCAUUUAUAUACAGUAUUAUACAAGGUAGACAAUAGUACCAGCUAUAGCUCCAGUUAUCACUCCAUCACUACAGCAACAUGCAUAUUAUUCAUUAAAUUCUGCAUGGUGCACUUCAUAUGCAAUUGAUGUAUGUAACUUUGCUGUGGUUUGUAGUUUGAGUAAGUACUGGGAAUGGCAUAGCUGAAACAAUAAGCAUGGACAUACAUGUCCACACUUCAGUUUAAGAGCCGGUUUGUUUGGGUUAGUUGAGUUGCUAUUAAGGCCACACACACACACACACACACACACACACACAUACACACACAGACACACUCUCGUUUGCCUUGAUGCAUUUCCUGUUGUCUCGGACCAGGCUCACAGCAGUGCCAAAGGGUUUCCACUGUGAUUGUGCAUCUGCCAAUCCAACGUGAGCUUGUCAUACCUCUCGUAGACGUGUUUAAAUGAGGAUCGCUGCAGACUCUGUUUGGCUUGAGCUGAUUAUUUUAUCCUGUAGGUCACUCCUUCAAAAAUACCUUGCAAAGCCUUGCGGUUUUAUGGUGAACACCUGUAGUAAGCGUAGUGUUUCUAUAGUAGUGCUAUAGAAUAUAGUCUAUAUGCUAUUAUAUGUACAUUUGUCAAAACAUGACAGAAAGUAGAGGCGAAUCUGGUGACCCCACAUACAUAUUUGUGUACAUAUUUUAUGUGUUGUGGUGUAGUUUUACAGAUCAAACUACUCAUUUAGUAUACUUUAGCAGGUUUACAUUCAGACACAUACAGGUGAUUUUCACAAAACAGGUCAUAUUUCACCUCAAAUUUAGCAGAAGGAAAUACAACAAUUUUUGCUUUAAGAAAAUAAGAUUUUUUUUUUUUUUUUUUUGCAUUGUGACAAUUUACAACCAAAUUCUCAUUAUUGUAAUGCAAAAUAGUCUGAUCCUCAUUAAUUUGAUGCAUUAAAGAUGUAUUAUUUCAUUUAUAAAGUAUUUGUACACUCGAGAAAAAAAAAAAGAAAUUAAGUUGAUUUUUAAGAUUAACACAUUUCAAUUGUAUGACAAAUUUCCGUCAAACUGAAUUGAGUAAUCUUUAACGAAAUGUACAUAUUAUGCAUUAAGCGUAAUAAGUCUUUAUUUAAACUUAAACGUUGCAUUUACACCAAAACAACGUAUUUCUAUAUUUCAAUUUCAUAUCAAAAUGCCAUCAAAUUGAAAAGUUUAAUGUUUAACAAAAUUAAAGUAAUAAAAUUUAUUUAUUUUUUGUUAAAGAUUACUCGGUUCAAUUUGACGGAAUUUUGUUAUGAAAUUUAAACGUGUAAACCUUAAAAAUAGGCAAAACAAUGUCAGUGUAAAAGUAUUUAUUUAAUGUAUGAUUGAUUUAUAAUAAUGUAGAUUAUUUUAAUUUGACUGCCCCUAAUUUAUUCUAAUUAGAAAAAUUAUAAUAAAAAAAAAUCACUUAUUACAUUAAUGACAAUCACUAUUGAGAAUAAGGAAAAUAUAUGUUAAUAUAUAUUAAAUACAUUAAUAUAAAUAGAAUUGUGUGAUCUUCAAAAAAUGUACAUAUUAUGAAUUAAGCAUUAUGUUAAGUAUUUAUUUAAACUUAAAUAUUUUCACAUUCAUGCUUCAUUUAUAAUAAUGUAGAUGAUUUAAUUAUUAUUCAAUUCAGUUUGAUGGAAAUUUGUCCUACAAUUGAAAUGCCUAAAUCUUAAAAUAGACAAAUAUAUGUUUAAAAUAUAUUAUGAUGGUAACAUUUGUUGUACUUUGUUUUUAACGUACUUUAAGACUGAUUAGAAAAAUCACAAUUAAAAAACAGUCACAUAUUAGAGUAAUGAUAAUCAUCAUAGAGAAUAAUAAGAAGAAUUACAAAAGUACUCCGUUCAAAGACAAGGACAUAUAACAAUCAGGGGCGGACUGGCCAUUGGGAGAACUGGGACUUUUCCCGGUGGGCCGGCUGCAAAACGGGGCCGAACGGCCAAACACCCCCCGCACCCCCCUGCUCAACAACUUUGUGGCAACUACCAACCCCUCCGACAAAUUUUGGGCCAGUUUUUAUUUCAAAUACAGGGCCGAUUUCUCUUCCCAGUCCGCCCUUGAUAACAAUAAUGAGAAUUUUGUUGGAAAAUGUGCUUAAUUGUCUUGAAAAUAAUGUCAGAAAAUGUCCAGAAAUAGGCCUCAUGUUCUUUAAGAAAAAUAUAUAUUUUUUGUGAAAUAUGAACUGCAUGUUUUCUUGACAGGUUUCGUGAGAUUCAUCCUUACAUUAUCUUAGAAACACGUACCACUUUAAAUGACUGUUUGCUCGUUUGUUUGUUUGUUUGUUUGAAGUACAUGUUCUAUGAAGCAAAAUGUGUUUGAUAGACCCUGAAACCUCAGAGUUGAAGAGUUCAGCAGCAUAACCAGUUAAAAGGUCACCCUUCCAUUGAGGCAAAAUGCAAUUUCACACCCAGCCUGCGUCUGUGUCAUUGUGCCACACUUUCUUCACCGUUUUCAUUCUUUUUCUGUCUCGGAGAGGGGAGAUACAAGAGGCCAAUUUUGUGUUACAUUAGCCAUGCCUCAAGUUAUGUUUGCACCUAUUCUGAGCCCCAUUGCUUGCAUGUGUUAUGAGAACCCACACCAGGACGAGCUGUGGAUGGUGAAAUGUAUCCCUGCAUGGGACGGAAUCAGAACUGUGAAGUUGUAGCUCAUGUCAGCAGUAAUAAACUAACCCGCUCUGUUUCGGGUAGGUACACCAUAUGAUAUAUUUGAUGCACAUUAUUAUUAUGUUUUCUUUCUCUGUUAUAUAUCUCUCUUUUUUUUGACUGACAGCUCCUGGAUGUGUUUUCGUUUGAAUUCUAAUACUGGAGUGAUGAAGCAAAGAUGGUGUAGUUUCUUUUAUUUCUCAAAUAUUGGAGGAAAACUGAUAUUAAAAUGACAAAUAUAAACCUGA